AUGGUUUCCCUUGAGACAACCAUACGUGACGCAUUCCUUGAGCGAAAGCAAGUAGUCGCUGUCUUUUUUAACCUGGAAAAGGCAUAUGACACAUCGUGGCGGAGAGGCAUCAUUAACACUUUUCAGGCAUGGGGAGUAAGUGGUAAUAUGCUGGCUUUCAUUCAGGGAUUCAUGUCUGACCGUACAAUUCAGGUUAGACUAGUGACAAACCUAUCAAGCACAACCAAUCUGGAGAACGGAGUACCACAGGGAAGCGUUUUGAGCUGCACGUUAUUCGCCGUCGCCAUAAACGGCAUAACGGCUUGUGUUAGCCGUCCUGUGCGCUGUUCUUUGUUUGUGGACGACUUCGCCGUUUACGUCUCUGCAAGAAGACUUGCUACGGCGGAGCGUUUCCCUGCAGCUAACCAUAAGGCGACUGGAGGAUUAGAGUAG